GGCUUUUCCAACCAGCUCUUCAUUAACGCCAUAUCGGCCAUCUCAAUGCUCCUUCUUUCUUGCCAUGACAGCCCUGGCGUAGUCAUGUUAAUUUCGACCAGGUAGUGUUUCAGGUUGACUUUAUGCUGCCCGUUUCACUCUGCAGACGCGCCUCGGGCUUGGAUGUGGGGGAAGAUGACGAAACGUUUGCCGGCCCAAAGGGGACUCGGGAGUCCUCCAAGCGGAGUUGAUCAUUGAUUCACAUCUACUGAACAAGCGAUAGCCAUUCAUUGUUAAGUUAAACGCUCUUUGUUGUAUAUUCUGUAAAUUCUACAAUAUCAAACAGGUCAGGCAAGCCUCAUUCUCAAAUAUGGCUGCCGCUCGUAGACUCGUAAAGCCGGCUCUGUUUAUUUGUGAUCUUCAAGAGAAAUUCCGGUCCGCUAUUUAUGAGUACGGUCGUGUGAUUAGCACCACUCAGAAGCUGCUCAAGGCUUGUCAGAUCCUCGACAUUCCCGUCUUUGCAACGACCCAGCUGCGCGGUAAACUCGGAGAGACAUGCAGCGAGCUUGGCCUUGAUAGUCCAGGGGGUGUUCAGACUCAUGCCCAUGUUGACAAGAGUGCUUUUUCGAUGUUUGUGCCAGAGCUCCGUGAUGCUUUCGAGAAGCUUGGUGGUGGAAAGAGGGAGGUCAUCAUCGUUGGCAUCGAAAGUCACAUCUGUGUUACGCAGACGACACUGGAUCUGAUCAAGGAAGGACACAAGGUCUACGUCAUCGCCGACGCCGUCAGCAGCUGCAACAAGGAGGAGGUGCCCAUCGCGUUGGCAAGACUGAGAGCCGCUGGCGCUGUCGUCACCACUAGCGAGUCGUGGCUCUAUGAAUGCAUGGGCGAUGCUUCGGUGCCAGAGUUCAAGCAAAUCGCGAGUCUAGUCAAGGAGUACAACUCCAAGACCAAGGAGGGACUCCAAGCUUUGUGUAGAUUCUAGGUAGUAACGACGCAAAACCGAUGUGUCGACAGGCGCGCGUUCUAACAUUCACAUGUAUGGUAGUACCUACUUUGUGUGCAGACGGAUGUGAUUAAAAACGUGAUAGGUCAGCAAUGUCAAGUCUCACGGGAUCCGGUGUCCUCGGC